CUGCGCGACUCCGGCUGGGCAGGAUUCCGGACAACGCCUGGUUCCUCUCGGGUCCUUCCGGCGUCGCCGGAGUGAAUUGAUCCGGGAGUUGAAGAGGGCUCCAAAGGUGGGAAGUGAAGUCAGUGCCUCAGUUGCCGGUCAGUAUAUGUUUUGUGCCCUAUUUUAUCACAAAAAAGAGAAGAAAUACUGCAGUGAAUGAAGAUUCCUCUGCAUUUUAGCACUGCCUUUUCUACUGUAGUUGGCUUUUGAAUGAGGAUGACAAUGGAAGAGAUGAAGAAUGAAGCUGAGACCACUUCCAUGGUUUCUAUGCCCCUCUAUGCAGUCAUGUAUCCUGUGUUUAAUGAGCUAGAACGAGUAAACCUGUCUGCAGCUCAGACACUGAGAGCAGCUUUCAUUAAGGCUGAAAAAGAAAAUCCAGGACUCACGCAAGACAUCAUUAUGAAAAUUUUAGAGAAAAAAAGUGUAGAAGUUAACUUCACAGAGUCCCUUCUUCGAAUGGCAGCUGAUGAUGUAGAAGAGUAUAUGAUUGAACGACCAGAGCCAGAAUUCCAGGACCUAAACGAAAAGGCACGAGCACUUAAACAAAUUCUCAGUAAGAUCCCAGAUGAGAUCAAUGACCGAGUGAGGUUUCUGCAGACAAUCAAGGAUAUAGCUAGUGCAAUAAAAGAACUUCUUGAUACAGUGAAUAAUGUCUUCAAGAAGUACCAAUACCAGAACCGCAGGGCACUUGAACACCAAAAGAAAGAAUUUGUAAAAUACUCCAAAAGUUUCAGUGAUACUUUGAAAACCUAUUUUAAAGAUGGCAAGGCAAUAAAUGUGUUCAUAAGUGCCAACCGACUAAUUCAUCAAACCAACUUGAUACUUCAGACCUUCAAAACUGUGGCCUGAAAGUUGUAUAUGUUAAGAGAUGUACUUCUCAGUGGCAGUAUUGAACUGCCUUUAUCUGUAAAUUUUAAAGUUUGACUGUAUAAAUUAUCAGUCCCUCCUGAAGGGAUUUAAUCCAGGAUGUUGAAUGGGAUUAUUGCCAUCUUACACCAUAUUUUUGUAAAAUGUAGCUUAAUCAUAAUCUCACACUGAAGAUUUUGCAUCACUUUUGCUAUUAUCAUUCUUUUAAGAAUUAUAAGCCAAAAGAAUUUACGCCUUAAUGUGUCAUUAUAUAACAUUCCUUAAAAGAAUUGUAAAUAUUGGUGUUUGUUUGACAUUUUAACUUGAAAGCGAUAUGCUGCAAGAUAAUGUAUUUAACAAUAUUUGGUGGCAAAUAUUCAAUAAAUAGUUUACAUCUGUUAAA